AGAGAGCUUACAAACAACAACACUUUUCUGCACAAACAUGGCGAGUUUAGUGUUGAGAAGUUCACGUUUGUUAUCUAGAAUUCCUCGCGUUCUAACACCAGCAAGAAGGCUUGCAAGCUCACUCGUUGAAACUGAACAACACGGUAAAGUAUUGGUAGUUUCCAUUAAUCGCCCAGAGAAAAGGAACGCUGUCAAUUCAGAGACUGCUCAAGAGCUAGCGACAUGUUUCAGGCAGUURGAGAUAGACGAUUCCGCAGCUGUAGCUGUUCUUUGUGGUAAAGGAGGAUAUUUCUGUUCUGGUUAUGAUCUUGAAGAGCUCUCGCAAAAAGAGGCCGAGGAUCAACUAAAGURUCUAGCUCCACCUGGCGAAGGAGAUGGUUCAAUGGGACCUACAAGACUAAAACUGACCAAGCCUGUAGUUGGUGCUAUACAAGGACAUGCUGUUGGUGGUGGGCUGGAGUUGGCUUUGAUGUGUGACUUAAGAAUUGUMGAGGAAAGCACCGUCUUUGGGGUCUUCAACAGAAGAUUUGGUGUCCCAUUGCUUGAUGGUGGUGCAGUAAGGCUGCCAUACCUCAUUGGUCUUUCCAGAGCUCUUGACUUGAUCAUAACAGGACGGGCAGUGCAUUCAGAUGAAGCGUUACACAUUGGGCUUGCUAAUCGAGUAGUUUCAAAUGGAGCYGCUGUGGAAGCAUCAAUCAAGCUUGCAACUCAGAUUGCUAAGUAUCCACAAGAUGCUCUAAAGGCAGACAGGAAGUCAGCAUUCUACUCUGCCUAUAAUGCUGAUUCCUUUUACGAUGCACUUACUUACGAGUAUAAAAAAGGAGUCAAGAUUCCAACAAUCAAACAGAGUAUCGAGGGAGCACAGAAAUUUCAGAGUGGGGUGGGAAAGAAAGGGUCYUUUGAGGAAUGGCUAGAUAAUUAGAUCAAUAUUGUCAUAGAGAAAGGCUUUUUUUGACGUUUGUGAAACUACUAAGCUAUGCUAGUUAGUAACAUAAGUACAUAUAUGGUUACAGAAAGGUCAAAUGAAUUUCUCACAAAAUAACCACAUUUUUAUCAGUCAGGCUUUGUUUGCAUUUUUCUUCAAAUGACAAAACAGAUUUUUUUAGAAUUCAAGCUUUUUUCGCAGUAGGCAUACACGUCAGCAAAGUUAGUUUUACAUUCAUACAAAAACUACUCAAGGUACAUGACAUUUUGUACCGCAAAACCCUUUCCCUCUACAGGCUUACAUGUUAUUGCCAUAUUGCUCAAGUCAACAUGCCUUAGAAUCUUGACCAUAUUAUCUGGUGCAAAGAUUUUCAGGCUUCAUAUAGCUCUUGCUAGGAAAAGCCAGUAAUAAAUAUUAUAGAUUCAAGUCUACUGCCAAUAUAUUGUACCAGAUAUUUUAUAAAAAUUGUUUUAGUCUGAUAACUAAAAUAUAAUCUUGUGGAAAAUGGCAUAGGAAUAUGUUAAUUGUGUAGUUUCACAAGUUCCAAGAUUAACGAGGUGAAAUUAGUUUGACCUUGUGCAUCUAAAGACUUGGUCCAAAAUAGAACAAUGUCUCAAAGACUCAAAAACAAAAACUCAAGAAAUGUUAUAAAAUUGUUAAACGAUAAAAAKAUCUAUAAUCUAGGAGAACAAAGGAGAAGUCAUACUAGAAUACUAUUCCAGGCAUAAUCCUAUUAGAUUGGGAACAUUCAGCAUGGAAUUCAGUGUGAACCUCUAAAGAAUAGCUAAAGAAUACAUUCCAAGUACAAUAUUGUAUGAUGAUACUCCUUAUGAAUAUGCAUAGAAUACUAAAAGUGAUAAACGGUA